AUGAAGCUGCGCGCGGUCGGCAUCAUCCCGGCGCGCCUGCGCUCGACGCGCUUCCCUGCCAAGCCGCUCGCGCUCCUCUGCGGAAAGCCGAUGAUUGCGCACACGUUCGAGGCUGCGUCACGCGCCGCCAAUCUGGACGCGGUCUACGUCGCGACAGACGCCGUCGAGAUCGCUUCGCUCUUGCCGUCGGCGGCGAUCCUCACGGACGCGGCGUGCGCCAACGGGACAGAGCGCGUGCUGCAAGCGCUCACUCGCCUACCGCAACCAGCUUCGCUCUGCGAUAUUGUGGUCAAUAUCCAAGGUGACGAGCCGGCCAUCGACCCGGCACACAUCGACCUCUGCGUCGCCGCGCUCCAGGACGACCCAACGUGCGUCAUGAGCACGCUCAUGGCGCCUGUCCGCACAGAGGCCGAAGCGCGGAGCUUCAACGUCGUCAAGGUCGUUGCCAACCACGAGUCGCACGCCAUGUAUUUUUCACGCGGUCUCAUUCCCGCGUCCAAGGAUGAUGCAUUUGAUCCGGCGCGGACCAUGAAGCACAUUGGACUCUACGCCUUCCGAACGUCGUUUUUAGUCGACGUCUUCCCGACGCUGACGCGCCACGAGCUCGGCGACGUUGAGGACCUGGAGCAACUGCGAGUGCUCGAGGCCGGCCACAAGAUCAAGAUGGUGGCAGUACCCAGUGCGCAUCCCGGCGUCGACGUACCCGACGACCUUGCGACCCUCGAGGCGAUUUUGUCCACAGAUAAGUCGUGGUAGACAAACAGCGUUCAACUGUAGAUAUGGCGCCAUUCCGAACACGUUGAAAUGUGAGUCUGGAAGCGCAACAGAAUCCAAGCCGAGCGCAACUAGUCGACGGUAGCGCGGGAAUUUUUCAAAAUGGCCCUGCCAGCCAUCUACACCUAAAUGCACACUGUCUAGUCACUCUGGCGUCCCAGUUGGCGCGAAAGCACUCCCAAUAAGUUUGAUUUCGUACAAUAGAGCUUGCCAAAGA